AUGCCAAAUACUCUCCUCAUCAAGGCCCCACUCUACAGACGGAGAAGCCUGUUUCCUGGGUACACCGUCCUCCCCACCCUACAGACGGAGAAGCCUGUUUCCUGGGACGACGGACGAGCCAAGCCCCGGCAGCGAGGGCUUCCUCUACUGGAGGAGCCGCCCCGCGCCCCGACAGAGACCCUCUGCACACCCAGCAUGGAGGGAGCCGCAGUGGCCCCCCCCGGGCGGUCCCCGGGCCCCUCACCACCGGACAACUACCCCUCCAUGUCCUCCACCCUGGCCUUCGAUCAGCACCUGGCGGCCAGCCCCAAAGGACUGCUGCUCCUGGCCGAGAUGACGGGCGGUCUUCUGGUCUGGGUUCUGAUCGGCGGGACGGAGUACUCCAGCGUUCCUGCGUUGGGCUGGGUGAUGUUUGUGGCCAUCCUCUGCUGGGUUCUCACCAUCGGCCUCUUCAUCGUCUUCCUCAGCCGGGCUCACAUCAGGGCUACAUGGGUCCCGUGGAACAAAGUGUCUGUGUGUUUUAAUGGCAGUGCCACUGUGCUGUAUCUGGUGAACGCAGCAGUAAGCACGGCGUCAGUCAGCAGAGCCACCAGGGGGCGCCACAACUACAAUUGCUGGGCAUCAUCUGCGCUCUUUGCGUUCCUGACGACACUGUGCUAUGCAGGAAGUAGCUGGCUCGGCUACAGGGUCUGGAGAGCCGGCGGAGAGGAGCAGUAGCUCUGUCUGUCACCCUGGGAGACUCAAUGAGGGUUUGGAACCAACACCACCAUCCCGCACUGACUAUCAAGAUAUAGUUAUUAUGUCAUGACGGUUUGGAAAUUAAACGAUAUUUGUAUUUAA